GAGGCGGGGACAGGCGGCAAGGAGACUGCGGCCGGGGUCGCGUCGGGAGUCCGCCUGCCUGGGGACCCUGGCUUAGGGAUUGCAAACUGCUCGUCCAACUGAGGGCUCCCUGCUUAUUUCCUUUUUGUCCUUAAGGGGAGGGAGAGCGUAAGGAAGGAGUGGCCAGAGUACUGACUGGACGCCAGCCGGGACAUUUCUGAUGUGGGGAGCACAGAAGCAAUUCUGUUUUCUUCCGAUGCGGCUUUAGGUUGAAUUUCUUUCUGAAAGCUCCUCCUCCCUUAAUUGACCAGUGGGUUUGGCAGAAUUUGGCUGAAUUGAAAUGUGUUAGUUUGACCCGCCGCACCCCUCGCUCCUUUCUUUUCUCUUUUUUCUUUUUAUUUCCUUUUUUUUUUUUUUUUUUUUUUUUUUUUUUUUUUUUUUUUUUUUUUUUUUUUUUUUUUUUUUUUUUUUUUUUUUUUUUUUUUGAGGAGACGUUCUUCAUCCCUGCUCAGGAUGGAAGUUUUGAAGAGCUGUGUACUUAGAAGAAGUGCUUGUGCCGCCGCCUGCUUCUGGAGAAGGAAAGUUAUCCCAAAGCCAUCAUUUAGAGACAUUAGUACUACCUCUGCGAGGAGCACUGUCAUGCCCGCUUGGGUGAUUGAUAAAUACGGAAGGAAUGAAGUCCUCCGAUUCACCCAGAACAUGAUGUUACCUAUCAUACACUAUCCAAACGAAGUCAUUAUCAAAGUUCAUGCCGCCAGUGUAAAUCCUAUAGAUGUUAAUAUGAGAAGUGGUUAUGGAGCCACAGCUCUAAAUAUGAAGCGUGAUCCUCUGCAUAUAAGAACCAAGGGGGAAGAGUUUCCUCUGACUCUGGGCCGGGAUGUCUCUGGUGUGGUGAUGGAGUGUGGGCUUGAUGUGAAGUAUUUCAAGCCUGGAGAUGAGGUCUGGGCUGCAGUUCCUCCUUGGAAGCAAGGCACUCUCUCAGAGUUUGUUGUGGUCAGUGGGAAUGAGGUUUCACACAAGCCCAAAUCACUCACUCAUACUCAAGCUGCCUCUCUGCCAUAUGUGGCUCUCACAGCCUGGUCUGCCAUAAACAAGGUCGGCGGCCUGAGUGACAGGAACUGCAAGGGGAAACGUGCGCUAAUCUUGGGUGCGUCAGGUGGAGUUGGUACUUUUGCGAUUCAGGUAAUGAAAGCAUGGGGUGCUCACGUGACGGCCGUUUGCUCCAAAGAUGCCAGUGAACUUGUGAGGAAGCUUGGAGCAGAUGAAGUCAUUGAUUACACGUUGGGAAGUGUGGAAGAGCAAUUGAAAUCUCUAAAAUUGUUUGACUUUAUCCUUGAUAACGUUGGUGGAUCUACUGAAACGUGGGCUCUAAAUUUUCUCAAGAAGUGGUCAGGAGCCACCUAUGUGACUCUGGUGACGCCCUUCCUCCUGAACAUGGACCAGCUGGGCAUUGCUGAUGGCAUGCUGCAGACAGGAGUCACCGUGGGCACAAAGGCAUUGAAGCACCUUUGGCAAGGGGUCCAUUACAGAUGGGCCUUCUUCAUGGCCAGUGGGCAAUGUCUAGAUGAAAUUGCAGAACUGGUGGAUGCAGGAAAGAUUCGGCCGGUUAUUGAACAGACCUUCCCUUUUUCUGAAGUCCCAGAAGCCUUCCUGAAGGUGGAGAGAGGCCACGCCCGAGGAAAGACUGUGGUUAGCGUGGUUUAAAUACAUAGAAGUGGGAGCCGUCGGGUUGCUGCUCUCUCCUCGCUGAGUGCCUCUGACCCAGACAUCUAGCCCUCACCACACGUUCUCCCAAGUCAGAAUUUAAGUUUCAUGAUCCAUGUAAAAACCUAAAUCUGGACUGGUGAGAGAGCCCGCAGUGCAAGCAUGGCUGCCUGAAUUCAGUUCCCGGAGCCCACACGAGGGAGAACUGAUUCCACUAGACUAUUCUCUUUCCCCUCCUCCCACCAUGCACACACCUCCACAGAGAUAAAGAAAGUGCAUAAUGCGUGUGUGGGCGCACUUGUGGACAUCACAGGAAAUCUUCGGUAACCAUGUAGGUUCUGGGAUAGGACCCAGAUGACUAGGUUUGGUGGCAGGUGUCUUUACCUACUGAAUCAUUUCACUAGCCCAAUAAAAAACAUUUUUAAAAAAUA